GGCGCUGUUGAAAAGACGGGACAGGUGGUGUAGGACAUGGGAAACCAUAGAGCAACGCAGUCAGGGUCAGUGACGCAAGAGAAGAGAAGCGAAAGGAGCUACCUUAGCUUAGUAGCUAACUGAUCUCUGUCCUUAUCUACAUCGCUGCGGUAAAUAGUGAGCAUAUUGCUAGACUCGUUAGCUGUAGAAAAGCAUACAGCUUUUUCUGAACGCACACCAUGGAGGACUGCUCAUUUAGGCCGUCCACUGAUAGUCUCGAUGACCCCCCAAAUAGCCGCUUGUUUCUGGUGAUAAGCAAAUCCAUAACCGAGGAUGUUAUCCGGGAACAUUUUUCAGUUUUCGGCGAAAUCCAGGACAUUUGGAUGGUAAAAGACAAGCAGACAAAAGAGUCGAAAGGAGUUUCGUUUGUUAAGUUUGCCAAAUCCUCACAAGCAUGCACAGCCAUGGAAGAAAUGCACGGAAAAUGCCUUGCAGAGGGAACCAAACCCAUCAAGGUGUUCAUGGCGCAGUCGCGGUCCUCCGGUAGCCACAGGGACGUGGAAGAUGAGGAGCUGACCCGAAUAUUUGUCAUGAUUCCCAAAACCUUUACAGAAGAUGAUUUGAAAGAAACGUUCAAGGAGUACGGUGACAUAGAAUACUGCAUUAUCAUUAAGAACAAAACUACCGGCGAAAGUAAAGGCCUGGGGUAUGUCAGGUACCACAAACCAUCACAAGCAGCUACCGCCAUAGAGAACUGUGACAAAACAUUCCGGGCCAUCCUCGCCGAGCCCAGGACCAAGAACUCGGGCGCCGACAACGACUACUUCAGCAACGCGCGGGCGGACCACGCGACGGGCGACCCAGGGAUGAGCGGCUACCCCUUCGCCGACGCCAGCAACUACGCCAUGGGGGACGGCCGGGGCUCCGACAUCAUCACCAGGUGCCUGAUGGUGUCGUCCAGAGCGAGCAUCACCCAGGAGCAGGUCUACGGCCUCUUCGACCUCAUCCCGGGGAUGGACUACUGCGAGAUGCAGAGAGACCCGUACGGAUUUAACAAAGGUCAGGCUAUGAUUCGCUACAACAACCUGGGCUCGGCUGUGUACGCUAAAGAGAAGCUGAACGGCUUUGAGUAUCCCCCUGGGAACCGGCUUGUUGUGGCUUACAUAGAUGACGGGGAGGAUCGGUCCAGCCCUGUAGGGAAGAUGGCCAUGCAGCUGGUUGCGGCCCAGAUGAUGUCCAUGGUGUGGAACGGUCCCUCUGGCCCCCAGCUGAUGAAGACCAGUGCUGGCUUUGCGGCGCCCAGCGUCCCCCAGAUGCCGCGGGUCCAGACGGACGUGGUCCUGCCGCCCCUGAAGAAGCUGGCGCCCUCGGACAGCUGGGUGAAGGAGCGGCUGUUCGUGGUGUUCAACCCCGCCCCCCUGCCCGUGGACGUGCUGGAGGACGUGUUCUGCCGUUUCGGCUCGCUCGUGGAGGUGUACCUGGUGCCCGGGCGCAACGUGGGCUACAUGAAGUACGCGGAGCGGAAGAACGCCAACGACGCCAUGGCGGCUCUCCACGGGAAAGUGGUCAACGGCGUCAAGCUGAAGGUGAUGCUGGCCGACCCCCCCAAAGAGGAGUCCCACAAGCGCCAGAGGACCUACUAGACACACUCCCCCCCCCCCAGUCGAGAAUUAAGUGACAUGACCCUUCAGCAUGACUGGACAUAGAAAGGAUGACGCAAGCACGUAGCGACGGACAGUGACUGCUCUACCUUUACGUGACGGUGCCGCUAAACGUACAAGCGCUCGUGAUCUUUACCGUUUCCCCUCUGCUGUUUGAACCAGUAUCCCAGCAACAAUAAUGCUCAAAUGUGAUUGGAAACGUGUGGCCUGGGAAUCACAUGAACCAGAAUAAACGAAUCCAAUUUUACUGACUUUGUGUUCUUCACAUGUAUAUACCCGAAUGUUUUCAAUAAAGAAAUGUGUUGACUUCUCUUACCUGAA